GGGAUCGGACGGAGCCAUGCGUGGCGCAAGCUGGCUGUGCGGCUCCUGGGGAAACCGCUCUGCCAAGUUGUGGGACUGGAACCAGACAUGGCACACGGACACCCCGCGCCUGACCACCUGCUUCCAGUCGACCGUGCUGGUCUGGAUUCCUUGCCUCUGCCUCUGGGCCUCUUUCCCGUUCUAUUACCUUUACCUCCAGAAGAAUGCCAGAGGCUACAUCAGGAUGUCUGCCGUCUUCAAAGCCAAAAUGGUUCUCGGCUUUGUUUUCUUAGCCGUGUAUUUUGCAAGUACAUGCUACAUCCUUUGGGAAGCAAACCAUGGGAUUCAACAAGAUCCAGGACUCGCCAUCAGCUGUGCAUUACAACUGGCUACGAUGAUCCUGGUUUUAUUUCUAACUCAGACGGAACGGCAGAAAGGAGUCCAGUCUUCCGGCCUCCUGUUGCUGUAUUGGUUGCUCUCUUUUCUCUCCGCUACGGCUUCCCUUAUCUCCAAAAUACAAGAGGCUCGGGAAGGUGGUUUCAGAAGCGCUCCCUUCCACCAUGCGACAUCGUAUAUUUAUUUCACCUUGGUCUCCCUGGAACUGGGUCUCUGCUGCCUCGUGGAUCAGCCUCCCUUCUUUUCCAAAGUUGACUCUGACGCUAACCCGUGCCCUGAAUCCAGAGCGUCUUUCCUUUCCAGAAUCACAUUUUGGUGGUUUGCGGGGACGAUCUGGAAAGGAUAUUGGAAGCCGCUACAAAGAGAAGAUCUGUGGUCACUAGCGAAAGAGAACUCUUCUGAGGAGAUCGUGGCCAAGUUUAAGGACGCCUGGGAAAAGCAUUGUGCAAGUGCUGAAGAAAUUUCAGAAUCUGCGACGUGUAAAAGAGAGAAAAGGAAGAGUCAAACGGCUCGUGAAACGGCUCUCCUGCUUCAGCCAGAAAACAGCAAAAGCAAACUGCUGCUGAAAUCUUUCUGGAGUGUAUUCGGGACUUAUUUUAUCCUUGGAACUCUCUGCUUAGUCGCUGGCGAUGUCUUCUUGUUUUUGAUUCCAAAGACAUUAAGUGUUUUCCUAGAUUUCAUCUCCGCUCCGGAAGCUCCUUCCUGGAAAGGCUAUUUCUAUGCUGCUGCCAUGUUCCUCUUGGCGUGUCUCCAGACGUUGUUUGAGCAACAAUACAUGUACAUGUGCCUUGUUUUGGGAGUGAGGUUAAAAACAGCCAUUACGGGCCUUGUUUAUCGAAAGCUCUUAGUUAUGUCGAAUGCAGCCAAGAAAGAAGCAACGGUGGGUGAAAUUGUGAACUUGGUGUCUGUUGAUGUACAAAAACUAAUGGACCUCAUUAUCUAUUUCAAUGGGACUUGGCUCGCGCCCAUCCGGAUUGUCAUCUGCUUUGUCUUUCUUUGGCAGCUCCUGGGACCUUCUGCUUUGAUGGCGGUUGUGGUUUUUUUAUUCCUCUUGCCUCUGAACUUUGUGAUUGCCAAGAAGAGGACCCAGUUCCAGGAAGCUCAGAUGGCGCAUAAGGACAGCCGUGCAAAACUCACCAGCGCCAUUCUCAGCGAUAUCAAAACCCUGAAGCUCCACGGCUGGGAAGAGGCCUUUGUGGGCAGAGUGAUGGGCGUCCGAACCCGAGAGCUGCAAGCGCUCCGCAGGUCCCAGUUCCUAUUCUCGGCAUCUCUCGUUUCUUUCCAGUCGUCAACAUUUCUGAUUUCGUUCAUCAUGUUUGCAGUCUACACACUGGCGGAUGAGAGAAACAUUUUCAGUGCCCAGAAAGCUUUUGUCUCUCUGGCUCUGGUCAACAUACUCAACACAGCUCAUUCGUUUCUUCCCUUUUCCAUUAACUCGGUGGUGCAGGCCAAAGUUUCCCUAAACCGCUUGGCUGCUUUUCUUUCGCUUGAAGACCUGGAUCAAACAAAUGCAGAGCCCGGUUCUUUAGAUGGCACCCAGGACUGUAUCACUAUAAGAAAUGGAACAUUCACAUGGAGCAGAGAAAGCCCUCCAUGCCUUAAAAGGAUCAAUCUAAGCAUCGCCCGAGGCAGCCUGUGCGCGGUGAUUGGCCAGGUUGGGUCUGGGAAAUCGUCUCUGCUCUCAGCAUUACUUGGCGAGCUACAGAAAACCGAAGGCUCCCUAGCAUUGAAGGGCACAGUAGCAUUCGUUCCCCAGGAAUCUUGGAUCCAAAAUGCUUCGGUCGAAGAAAACAUCACGUUUGGACAAAAACUGGACAGGAACUGGUUCGACCGGGUGGUGGACGCUUGUGCGCUGCAGCCGGACCUGGACAGCUUCCCUCAUGGAAGUCAGGCAGAAAUAGGAGAGAAGGGCGUCAAUCUUUCCGGGGGACAGAAACAGAGGGUGAGCUUGGCCCGUGCCGUUUACACGAAGGCCGAGGUUUACCUUCUGGACGACCCGCUUUCUGCUGUGGACGCUCAGGUUGGACAGCACAUCUUUAAGCACGUCCUCGGACCAACCGGUUUGUUGAAAAACAAGACCCGUCUCCUGGUGACAAAUGCCGUCCAUCUUUUGCCCAGAAUGGAUCGCAUCAUCGUGGUAAUGAACGGAGAGAUCUCUGAAACAGGUUCUUGGCAGGAACUUGUGGCCAGAAACGGAGCUUUUGCAGACUUCUUAAGAUCGCACGGCACAGAAGGAGGAAAAGACCAGGAUUUGCAAGAGAUGUCGACACUCGUUGAUUCCGCAGCUUCGGGAAGUGCUGAGAGGUUCCCCGAAAGAGAUAUAACUUACCCAGGAAAAGAUGACAGGUCAGAGAAGAGAAGUGUUUACAAAGCCUCGGAUUUGGAAACAGCAGAACUGGCGGAAGAAGACAAAGGACCAAUAACAGGAAGGGCCAAGACUUCCAUAUACCUGAGCUACCUGAGAGUGGCUGGAUCUCUCGCCUGGGCUUACAUUGUCCUUUUGUUCACUUGCCAACAAGUUGCCUCCUUUUGCCGUGGCUACUGGCUCAGCUUGUGGGCUAAUGACCCUGUUGUCAAUGGAACCCAGCCCCAUACAGAGCUCCGUGUCGGCGUCUUCUUUUUCUUGGGAUUUGCUCAAGCCCUGGGGAAGUUUGCUUCCAUGGCCACCGUGUUCUUGGCUGGGACCGUGGCAUCCCACAGGCUUUUCCGGCAACUGCUUUGGGACGUUGUCCGGUCGCCAAUGGGGUUCUUUGAACAGACGCCCAGCGGUCACCUGCUCAACCGCUUCUCCAAAGACAUGGAUGCCGUUGACUCCAUCAUCCCAGACAAACUGAAGUCCUUGCUUGGAUUCUUCUUCGUACUGCUGGAAAUAUACAUUGUGAUCAUUGUGGCCACACCAAUAGUUGUGGUGGCUAUCGUUCCUCUGACAGUCCUAUACGCGGUCUCCCAGAACUUCUUUAUCGCCACCUCCUGCCAGUUGAAACGCCUGGAAGCCGCGAGCCGUUCACCCAUUUAUUCCAACAUUUCCGAGACCUUUGAAGGGAGCAACAGCAUCCGUGCCUACAAAGCCCAGCAGCGUUUCGUUCUGCAGAAUGAUUUCAAUGUGGAUGAAAACCAGCGGGCCUCUUACCCUGCCGUGGUGGCUGACAGAUGGCUCGCCACAAACAUAGAGUUUUUGGGGAACGGCAUUGUCCUGUUUGCAGCUUUGCUUGCUGUGAAAAGCAAGCCGUACCUCAGUCCAGGGCUUGUGGGGUUUUCCAUUUCCUAUGCUCUGCAGAUAACAGGGAUUUUGAACUGGAUGGUGCGCGCUCUGGCAGAGAUCGACAACAACAUCGUCUCUGUCGAGAGAGUCAGGGAUUACUCAGGGACGCCCAAAGAGGCUCCCUGGACUUCGGACAAUAAGUUUUUCCAUGAGAAUUGGCCGACGGAAGGACAGAUUGCAUUUCGAGGAUACAGCUUACGCUAUAGGCCAGGGUUAGAAUUAGCUCUGAAAAAUGUCAACAUACAGAUCAAAGGAAAAGAAAAGGUUGGCAUCGCUGGAAGGACGGGAGCUGGGAAAUCUUCCCUUGCAAUGGGCCUCCUAAGACUAGUGGAAGCCGCAGAGGGAGAGAUCUUGAUUGACGGGAUCGACGUCGCCCAAAUAGGCCUGCACGAUCUGAGAAGCAAAAUCACCGUUAUUCCUCAGGAUCCGGUCUUGUUUUCCGGGCCCCUGAGAAUGAACUUCGACCCCCUGGACGAACACACCGACGAGGACAUCUGGGCGGCUUUGGAGCUGAUGCUCCUGAAGAACUUUGUUUCGGAUCUCCCGGGUCAGUUGGCCUACGAGUGCUCGGAACGUGGUGGAAAUCUCAGUGUCGGCCAGCGGCAGCUCAUCUGCCUGACACGGGCUCUGCUUCGGAGGGGGAACGUCGUCUUUCUGGACGAAGCCACCGCAGCCGUGGAUAUGGAGACCGAUCUCCAAAUUCAGUCCGCCAUCAGGAGUCAGUUUAGAGAUUGCACCGUUCUUACAAUAGCCCACCGGGUCAGCACUCUGAUGGAUUGUGACAGGAUCAUCGUUAUGGAAAGUGGCCAAGUGAGCGAAUGUGACACUCCGCAGAACUUAAUAGCCCGGAAAGGAGUGUUUUACACAAUGGCCAAGGAGUCGGGGCUGGCGUGAGUCCUGCGUGCAAGGGACAGGUGGCGGAUCAAGAGGAUCGGAACAAGAAACGAACCAGAAUCCCCUCUCGGCUAAGCUUGGGCAAAGUCAAUGGGAUGCCAGCCUUGCUCUUCCCCAUCCAUAUAGCAUUGCGACAAGUUUCCAGGAAAGAACUAAUGAAUUUGUGUUGUCGAAGGCUUUCAUGGCCGGGAUCUCAGGGUUGUUGUAUGUCUUUCGGGCUGUGUGGCCAUGUUCCAGAAGUAUUCUCUCCUGACGUUUCGCCCACAUCUAUGGCAGGCAUCCUCAGAGGUUGUGAGGUAUGGAGAAACUAAGUAAGGAAAGGAAAGAAUAUAUAUCUGUGUAGAGUCCAGGGUGUGGCAAGAGUCCUUUGUCACUGGGAAGCCAGCAUUCAUGUUUCAGUUAAUCACCCUAAUUGGCAUUGGAAAGGCUUUUGUCUCUUGCCUGGGGGCAUCCUUUGUUCAGUCAAGCCCUCAGAGUGUUGGUUCCCAUCUACUGUUUUGAUUUUGGAGUUUUGUAAUACCGGCAGCCAGAUUUUGUUCAUUUUCAUGGUUUCCUCCUUUCUGUUGAAGUUGCCCACAUGCUUGUGGAUUUCAAUGGCUUCUCUGUGUAGUGUGACAUGAUAGUUGUUGGAAUGGUCCAGCAUUUCUGUGUUCUCAAAUUAUAUCCUGUGUCCAGGCUGGUUCAUCAAAUGCUCUGCUAUGGCUGACUUCUCUGGUUGAAUUAGUCUGCAGUGCCUUUCAUGUUCUUUGACUCUUGUUUGGGCAAUGCUGCGUUUGGUGGUCCCUAUGUAGACUUGUCCACAGCUGCAUGGUAUCCGGUAGACUCCUGCAGAAGAGAGAGGAUCCCUCUUGUCCUUCGCUGACCGUAGCAUUGGUUGGAUUUUCUUUGUGGGUCUGUAGAUAGUUUGUAGGUUGUGCUUCUUCAUCACUUUGCCUAUGCGGUCAGUGGUUCCCUUGAUGUCUGGUAAGAACACCUUUCCUCUGGGUGGAUCUUUGUCUUGACUCUCAUGGUAUACUCCCAAUACUCCCAGUAUUACAAAACUCCAAAAUCAAAACAGUAGAUGGGAACCAACACUCUGAGGGCUUGACUGAACAAAGGAUGCCCCCAGGCAAGGGACAAAACCUUUCCAAUGCUAAUUAGGGUGAUUAACUGAAACAUUAAUGCUGGCUCCCAGUGACAAAGGACUCUUGCCACACCCUGGACUCUCCACAGAUAUAUAUUCUUUCCUUUCCUUACUUAGUUUCUCCAUACCUCACAACCUCUGAGGAUGCCUGCCAUAGAUGUGGGCGAAACGUCAGGAGAGAAUACUUCUGGAACAUGGCCACACAGCCCCAAAGACAUACAACAACCCAACAAAUGAAUUGCAGUCAAUAGACAUAACUAUCAGGGCCAGCCCUAGGUAAUUUUCAAGUGUAAGCGAAAAGUAUUCCCCCCCCCAACCAAUCACUGAAAAAUAAAAAGUAGAAGGUAGAGUUGAAUAGAACAGAUAUAUUUAUUUACGUCAGAAAUACAGCCUGCAGCUCCAUCCAAGUACAGUAGAGUCUCACUUAUCCAACACUCGCUUAUCCAACGUUCUGUAUUAUCCAAUGCAGUCAGCCUUUUAGCAGUCAAUGUUUUUAUAGUCAAUGUUUUCAAUACAUUGCGAUGUUUGGGUGCUAAAUUUGUAAAUAAAGUAAUUACAGUAGA